UUGUCACCCCAAAUUGCCAUUUGCACCUGCCUUUCCUGGUUCCUUACAAAUUUCUGGAAGUGUCCAUCCGGAACCUCGUCGCACGGAUGAAUGACGUGCACGGAUCACGUUCCCAAUCACGCACAACAAUGCUAAAAACUCAAAAGUGCAACCAGCGACGCCCAAAGUGUUGUUAGCUGGCUUUGUUGGCCCGGUUAAAAGGGGAAGCAUCAGCAGUCACGUUGAGUGGAAAACCCCACGGCAAGCAACAGGUAUUCGCCUCGCUUCGUUGCGCUUCGAGAAGGAAUCCUCGAGUGGUGUAGUGUAAUGUAGUGUCCUUCUCGACGGCACACAGGGCACUGAUUUCCGACGGGUGUGUGUCAGUAUGGCAGGCGAACCCACAUCGGCACCACGAAGCUAGAGCCGAGCCACGGGAUGUGUCCUCGUGGGGGCGAAGGUUAGGAUGCGAAGCUGCCGCGGCAUUGAGGAGCUGUAUAAAAGCGGGUGCCAAACGCCUGCCACUGGUAGUCUUCGUCGAGACAUCAACGGUUCGCGUUAUCCUGAAACAAGUUCCCUUGGAAAGCAAACUAAACUGAAAGCCAGAACACGAACUGAAUUACUGUGCCAGUGCAAAAAGAGUGAACUAAGUGAACUAAUAUUCUGAAAAAUUGAGAUACAUUUCAAACUUACGCCAUGGAUACUCUGUCACCCAAUAAUGGCUCCAAGUCGAGCUCCAGCGGCAGUUCGGCGGCCAGUUCCUCCAUGGAUCUCGGCAAGCAGCAGCAGAAGGAGAAGCUGCAUCGUCACCCGAGAAAUGGGCCCAAGAAGCUUUCCCGCUCCAGGAGUUUGCUGCAGUUGCUAAGCAGGCACCUGGGCAGGCACUUCCACCACCAGAACCAGCAGAACGACACGGUCUAUAGCAGCCAGGACGAUAUCAGGAGCAGCUCCACGGAUUCCUUCAGCUUGAGCUACGAGCGCGGCAGCCAUGAGUGCCCUAUCAAUGGUUCCUCCCUUGACCUGGAGCACACAUCCCGGACCUCGAGCGGAUCGGCCUGCUCCAGAUACUCGCCCGGCCUGGAUUAUUACGAUCAGCAGGGACACAUCUAUGUGGAGGCUGUCUACAGACCCGGCAGUGCCAUGGAGCAACUGCAUCCGCAGCUGCACUUCGAGGAGGACACCAGCGAGGAGGGCAGCAGCAACGAGGCGGAGGACGAGGUGGAGCUGCGCCACGACGAGAACGAGAACAGCAAGCCUCGAUCCGCAUCAGCCGCGUCCGCCAAGUCAUCGGGACUGCAUCUUAGCCGGAUUUCCAUCUCCUCCUCGGUGAGCCGCAUCCUGCAUCAUUUCUCCAGUCCGACGGGAAAUGCAUCGAUGCGCUCGUUGUCCUGCAGCAGCACUCCACUGCGUCAGCCCAAGAAAUCCCUGUCGCCGAACAACUCGAACAACAGCAGCAGCAGCAGCUCCAGCUCCAAAUCCUCCCGUGCUCCCGCCUCCAAGAAGGAGGACAAGAAGCAGCAGAGCAUCCUACGACCGCCAGUCCAGUACGUCUACAUGAAGGGCAUGUCGGGACUGUAUUCCCGAGUGCCCAGCUAUGCGGUCUGCUAUCCGUACACCCUGCAGCACAUGUACUAAAACACCUGGGACACCAUAAAAUGGAUGGAAAGCUGCAAGCUGGUUGGGGGUCUUGAACAAUAUACUUAGGAAUUUUCUAGUGAUGUACGAGUAGUGCCUGAAAUCCAGAGAUUUGAGUAGAGGGAGAGUAGUGGGAAGAUAGGGGCGUACGACAAAAAGCAGCAUAUUUUAUAAAUGUGUCCAAGCUGAGUUCGCAAACCCAAUAAGUGUACCUAAAGCCAAGCCCAGAAAAUCAAAAGAACUAUCUAUGUGCUACGAUAUACUCCUUAGACGAUCUAAUUGUCUUCGGAUAAUUUAGGGACUUUCAGUUUACAAACGAAUAUAAAUUCAAUUUAGCUUAAUGGAAAACCAAAUGUUAUUUAGAAGCCCCUCACAUAUCUUUCGAGAAUAGCUCUAGAAAUUACAUUUUCGGAACACCUUAGUUUAAAUCAAUAGUUUUAUUUAAUGAACAAACGAUUUUUGCACUUUUGAACUAGUUUAAAGUAUAUUUUGCACUAAUUUCAACAACUAUUAAAACCAAAACAAAACUUUACGAAUUUAUACAACGGAAAAAAAAGAACGGAAGCCAAAUUCUUUAAGAUCACACUAAUAGAGGAACAUUUUACAAUAAUUCACAUUCCAAUAAAUCGAAACUUUUUGUAAAACAAAACCAAUUAUUAUAAAUAAUGCGGAGAUAUCAUGAUGUAAUGUAUAUGGUACGGUAGAUGAUAAUGAAAACUUAGCAAAAUGUUUAGAGCCUAUAUAUUUUUAGAUCCUAACCUAACCUAACAAUUAAGUCUAGCUGUCAAUAAAAUAAAAUAUACAACACAA